UUGCGAAAUGAAUUUAUUAUUGAAAUAAAAAGUCGAGUUCGUGAGGCUAUGUGCACAUGUCAUGAAAUAAUUAUACUCCAAAAUAACGGAUAUAUCACCUUAUCUACUGACUGGGAAUUUCCACAUAUUCGUUCUUUUAUCGAGGAAUUGAAUAAUGAUGAAUGCACAACGUUGGCUGACGGUUGGACGCGGCUGGGGAAGGAAUUAACCGAUAUAGAGAGAGUUUUUAAUGCGGAACAAAGAUUAUCGCAUGAAAUCGAAUGGAGGCCAAGUUUGAUAACAGUCGGCGCUAUUGGUGGAAUUGCAGUUGUCGCAUUAGCGAUGAGUAUUUUUUGGGGUCUUAAUGGAUCUGCUUUUACUACAAAAUAA